CUGCUUUUUCAUAGUUUUCUCUUUGGGUCAGAAUUUGCUUUCAUUCGCUCAAACGCUCCUCACUUUGUUCCUCAUAAAUUAUAUGGGGUUUUUAGACAUCCGCCAUCAACACUCGCCACGGAGACGUCAGAGAAUGAUAGUACCAUCCAGAAGACAACCGAAGAGGCUCACCAACCUAUAGUGACGUUUGACGAGUGGACUAAAGAGAAACUGAAGCAGGAGCAUAGAAAACCUCCAACACCAACUUCUGAAACUGGCACACCAAGUGUUCGCGCCACACAACUACCUCCUGGAGCUGCUGCAACUCGUAACUAUGCUAGCAAAGAGUGUGGAGCCAAAGUGUUGCUUAGUAAUCCUGAAGCAGAAAAUACUAAAGCAAUUCUAAAUGAGAAGGAAAAAGACGAAUACAUGAGGAAUCCAUGUGAAAAGGCUGAAAAUAAGUUCGUGAUUCUUGAGCUCUGCGAAACGGUUCAGCCCCGUAGCAUAGAGCUCGCCAAUUAUGAGCUAUUUUCAUCCGGUCCCCGGGAUAUACGAUUAUGGGCGGCAGAACGAUUUCCUGCUGGAGAAUGGAAACUUCUCACAGAACUGACGGCUGUUGAUUCUCGACAAAUUCAGCAAUUCCCUAUACCCAACAAUGGGGCCUACGUGAAAUUUAUGAAGGUGGAGCUCAUAUCUCAUUACGGAAACGAGCAUUAUUGUACUUUGUCGGUUUUGAAGAUCCUAGGAAUAUCAAUGGUUGACGAAUAUGAAGCCGAGGUAAUUUUUGACGGUGUGUCCUCAUUUAAUGUCAAGAAAUAUGAAAGCUGUCUUUACUUUCGUUUUUUCAUAGAGACGAUUUCACCAAAGCCGGCUGAAGCAAAUCGCCGCGGUCAAUUGGUCGCCAGUCGUUCCAGAAGGGGUCGCUUUGCUUACCUACACCGGAGAUCUUUAAAACGGCUACGUGGUACCGGAGUCCCAGAUAAGCAGCCCAAUGCUCGUAGCCAACCGGUUCCUUCUGAUGCGUGGCCGGCUUCAUCGACGAGUCAUAAGGUACGAUUCUUUGUGUGUUUCGAUGUUUCGGUUUUUUCAGCUCAAAUACCAAUAUAUUAUUCUUAUUCAAGUCCAAUUCAGGAAUCUGUCUUCAUGAAACUCAAUAAACGUAUUGCUGCACUUGAACUGAAUAUGUCACUGUCUAGCGAAUAUUUGAGUGAGCUUAGCCGUCAGUAUGUCGCACAAACUGAUGAACAUCAGAAACAUCUGAAACAAGCCAGAAAGGUGGUGGAUGAAGCCGUCGAGACGAUUUACGCACGUGUCAAUGAAACGCUCGCCGACAAGGUUAGUGUUAGUCAUUUUACGAUACUGUUUACUGUUACUUUUCUGUCUAGAGAAAUUGCUGCUCUUCGUAAAGAAGUUGACACAUUAUCGGGUUGGUUAACAUCGAUGCGUGCAACAGCAUCUAAAAUGACGGUUAGACGAUAUGCAAGGGGUGCAGAAAGAAUGGAUGAAGACAAAUGUAUUCUAAAGCAUACUGAUCUUCAUCGAUACUCACCACCGGACGAUGGCCUGUGGACGGUAAGUGAUUCAGCGAAGUUCUCUUUGUUUCGGAAGUUUGUAAUAUUUAUGUUGUUUAUUACAGACUGA